AUGCCGCUUGGUUUCUUCGCCGCCGCCGCCGCCCAAUCGGACCUCUCCGAUGCAUGGCCGACUGUCGAUUGCGGCGCGCUUCUCGCAGACGACGGCGGCAGUCUCGCGGCCAAUGGCGGCGGCAGAUCCGCCCGCGGCGCCGCACUCGCGUCCCUCCGCUCAGCGCUUGAGACGCGAGGCUUCUUUUACUGUUCGAACCUCGAUGUGCUCAUGGACGCGGAUUACAUCGCCUCUGUCUACGAAUUUUCGCGCCGAGCGCACGCGCUGCCGGCCGACGUCAAGCGCCGCUUCGCGCGGCCGCGCGGAGGCUACAGCGGCUCGGAUGCUGGCGUCGAGGAGCUCGCGUACGAGGCGGGCACAACCUCUGCCGUCCGCGCGUGGGACUACGCCCGCGAGAACAACUCGUCCCAGGGCUUCUGGUUCCGCAACCGGUACCCCGACUUCUCGCCGUCCUUUGAGGAGUUCAUCGGCGAGCCUGGGCUGAGGCUGGUGGUCGGUAGGCGGGACAGCGUCGUGAACUGGGCGACGGCCGUAGGCGACCUGUUUGCGCGGCAGCAGCGGCUCGCCGUCGCGUUGCUAGAGGGCGCGCACACGGACUUUGAGGCCUUCACGCUCAUGCACCAGAGCGCGGCGGGGCUGCAGCUGCGGGCGGUCGGGGAGGGCGCAGGCUGGGAGGACGCGCCUGUCCGCCCCGCCGAGUUUGUCGUCAUCAUCGGCGACUUGAUGACGAACGGCGUCCUGCAGGCGAAGCCGCACGAGCGCUACGCCAUCAUUCGGUUCAACGCGCUGCGCGCCGACACGCCCGUCGCGCCGCUCGCGCCCUUCGUGACGGCCGAGCGGCCGAAGGCGUACUCGGACACGACCAUGGCCGAGAUCAUGGAGGUGACGAUUGGCAACCUCGAGGCGGGCAGGGGCGCGUGGGACGCCGUACAGGACCGGUCGAGCACCGCACGCUUCGACUACGACGAGUGGAGGCGCCGUGCCGCAGCCGCCGGCGCUGCGCGAGCCGCCGCGAGCGCGCGCGACGAGCUGUGA